GCUGUUCCAGAUGUUGCCCGUGAUGUCAGUCAUUUCAAAAGGAAACACUACAGGACUACACAAGGUCUCCUUCUGUCCUGUCUGUUCGCCCUUAAGAUGUCUGUUGCGCUUUACUCUGCGAGUGGGAAUAAUGCAAGUCUUCACGGCACCACAGUGGGGGGAAGCAAACCUUUACAUCGCUUCAUCAAGGGACAACCCAAGAUAAUUGGCGUCAUAGUGCUGAUCCUGGGCUCAUCUAACUUCAUCCUUUCCUUUUCCACAUUGCUCACCAACUCUCCUCAUUUUAAUCACAUCUGGGGGGUCAUCCCGCCCGGCAUUGUGAUUGGAUUUCUGUUUAACACAACUGGGAUUCUGUUUAUUUUGACUGAACACAAUCCAACCAAGAAAACAGUAACCAUUUCACUGGCUCUGAGUAUUGUGACUGUACUUGGGAUAUGUUGGACUGUCCUGCACAUCAUCCCGAACUUAACACAGUACCAUUACUACGUAGAUGAAUACAAUGUAGAUAAUACCACAGAUGAGGAGGAGGCUAAAUGGACACCAUAUAACGAGGCCAUGGAACGAUCAUUUGAAGCGAUCUUCUUGCUCUACACCUUGAUGGGUGGAAUUAUUUUUGUUGUAAUGUCAGUUAUGGCUGGGGCUGCCCUACGUUCAACAAAGAGCCAGACCAUGAUAGUGAUGACCACUCCAACAAGUGAAACACAAGUUGACCAACGAGGACAAGAGGACGGUCUAAAUUGUGAAAGAAUGAGCAACUAGAAGUAAACAGAACCAUUCAAUGAAAUGUAAAAAUGAUUCCCAAGUAUUAACUCCUUCUCACUAUUUCUCACUUUUUAAGCAUUACCACCAAAACCACUUAAUAUGUACUUAAAUGCCACUUACUGUGUGCUAACUGUGCACACAUGAUGUUUACACUACUGCAUCAGGGACAAAGGUUGGUGUAGAACAAAUGCCUUCUGAGAUAGUUGAAAAUAAAGAGUACAUAUCUCAAAACCCAACAAAUUUUUUUUUUUUUUUGUUGUGCCAUUUUUCAUUUAGGAACCAUGUGGAAUAAAAUGUAUAUGAUUUACAUUUAAAGGUAAUUGACAAGACAUGAUUUUGGGUUGCGACUGUUACCAUGCCAACAUGAUUAUUGACUUCCUUUUUUCUAGCUCAUAUUUGAUAGAAAUCUCCAAAUGAACUUUGACCAGCUUGGUAUCAAAUUGUUGUCAGUGUGUACAUAUAACGUUUUUCCAGCAAGUCAAAUAUUGCAUUUUAAAAAAAAAGAAAAAGAAGAAGCAGUCUGCUCAAUCAGAUUUGACCACUCAUCCAUUGCAAUGUUAUAUAGGAUGUGCUGUAGAAUUUUCUGGACCACAAUUGAUCAAUGAGAUGACCAGUGUGCUGACAGAAGAGAAGUUGUUUGUUUAUUAAAACUAUUAAACAUUAACCAUCUCUGAUAUAAUCGCAGCUAAAACUCUCAAAGAGUAACAAAAAUAAUGCUCAUUGUGAGUAUUUAUUGUUUGAAUGUAGAGUUGCAUUAUUACCAACAGGAUACAAAAAGCCAUGUCAGAUAUAAAAUGUUUUAUGAGGAGAGAGAGAGUUGUUUCUAUUUAAAAACAUCUGUUAGAUGUUACAUUCAGAAUGUUGUUUUAACAAGUCCAACCAUGAACAGUUUAACUGGUCUCUCGAUAUGAUAUGAUUUAUUUUCCUUUUUGUCCCGUCCAGAAUUCUAUCAGAACAAAACAGAACAUGCACAAAGUCUUGUGGCUGCCCUUGAUACUUUUUUUUCUUGUCAUGGCAGCUCAAGUUUCAGCUGCAGGAAUAUGAAGUACACACUCUAGGGCUCACAAAGUGCUGCCAACAUACAGAGGACAGCAUAUAAUGUUCUCGGUCUGAGAGAACAUACACUGAAAUGUUAAACACCAUGGCAUGGCAGUUCCCUUGUGAAACCACAAUCAUAAAGUUUGCAGUUUUAGUUAAGAAAUGUUAUAAAUCAACUGAACAAUUGAACAUGUCAGUCCUAAAUGUAACGAGGGACAGGGGAAGGAACAUUUUUAGAUAAUUUUCAAUCUAAACAUCAAUGAAAUACACAUGAAGUUUAUGCUUUUUUCCGUUGAUUCAGACUAUAAUUAUCAACAAAAUGUUGCUUGCCUUUUAAGUAAUUAAAGAAUAUAUCAAUAUGUAUAAUAUUGACAAGUGUUGUCAAGAAGAUAAAAAAAACAAAAAAUGUGUCUAAAUCCAUGAAAGAAGAAACACAAUGACAUGUAAAUAAAAUAUUUUGUUAUUCA